AUGUCAGAAGAAGCUGUUACUGAGGCACGAUUUUCUCUGAAGACGGCAGCUUUGCGGGUAUUUCACCUUCCCCUUUCUUGGUAUUAUUCUCUUAACCAGGUAAACCUUUCCCCUGGGUUAAAGAAACUGUUCACGGUAACUGCAGUGAGUGCAAUAUCUGUUAUUUUUCUGGCCCAUCAUUUUAAAAGAAGACGUGGAAAGAAAAACAAGAAAGUGCCACCGUGGGAACCAAGUCAUCUAGUGUUAGAGUGUACAAAAGCAGCUGCAUCAGAAAAAGGUUCUAGUUGUUCCAGUAGUCGGCAAAACUUGACUCUUUCUCUGAGCUCUGCCAAGGAAAAAGGAUCUCAGUCUUGUAUCUAUGCAAACGGAGGACUUUUCAGUAAAUACUCUGGUUCAGUACAAAGCCUGGCCUCGGUUCAGAGUGCCACCUCUUGUCACAGUUGUGCUUGUGCCAAUUCUAAUUCUUGGGAUAAAGCAGAUGAAGAUGAUAUUAAGCUUGUCAAUAUUCCAGUGACCACGCCUGAAAAUUUAUAUUUGAUGGGUAUGGAGCUUUUUGAAGAAGCACUGCGUCGAUGGGAGCAGGCAUUGACUUUUCGUAACAGGCAAGUUGAAGAUGAAGCAAGUUGUGGUUCCAUUAAGCUGGGAGCAGGAGAUGCAAUUGCAGAAGAAAGUGUAGAAGAUAUCAUUAGUGCUGAAUUCAUUCAUAAGCUUGAAUCCCUUCUUCAAAGAGCUUACCGUCUUCAGGAGGAGUUUGAAGCCACCCUUGGGGUCUCUGAUCCUGCUUCGCUAGCUAACGAUAUUGAUAAAAAUACAGACACUACUGUAAAGGAUAAUACGGAUGAUUUCUGCCUUCGAGAUACAUUAAGCAUUGCAUCGACGGACUCCUUUGUUUCCACAGCUGAG